AACCAGUUUGACUCAAGGGGGCUGACAGGAUGCUGAGUGCAGGGAGUGUGGUGUCUCUGCUGGUCCUGUGGUCGGCCUGGACCCCGCAAGUGGCCCCUGUGCACCCCGAACCCCUUAUACUUGCACAGGAGAACUUUAAUCAGAGCCAGUUCAUGGGGAAGUGGUAUGAGGUAGCAGUGGUUGCUACUUGUCCUCACUACAUGCAGCGCAAGAGGGGGAACCCAGUCAUUGUUGCACUGGAGCUGCAACAUGUUGCCUCUGAGGCCAACUUCACAAUGACGGCCACUAGUUUCAGGAAUGGCAUAUGUAAGCAGACAUCUACAGAUUAUAGUUUGACCAACACUCCAGGACGAUUCUUCUACCAUGUUGCAAGGUUUGGAGCAGAUGUUGAUUCCUUUGUGGUUCACACCAACUAUGAUGAGUACGCAAUGAUGCUUCUGCUGAGCACAGAGAUGCCAUCAGGGAAUAAAACCACCAUAGUAAAGCUUUAUAGUCGAACUAUGAAUGAGACGGCUGGACUGGACAGCUUCAAAACCCUUGUCAGACAACAUGGAAUGAGUGAUGACACCAUCAUCAUGAAUCAUAAUAAAGGUGAAUGUGUUCCAGGUGAACAGGUGACAACGCCUAUCACUGCUCAGCCUCAGAUUUUUGUUCCCGAGAGGGUGAAAAGAAAUGUGCUGCCACCUGUGGUUCCUGCACAAGAGGAGGAGCUGUUGACCAGUGUACAGUAGACAGAUGGCAGGAAAUGAAGGGAGAGAAAUGUAGAAUGGCAUGCCCGAACUGGACGCAAAUAGGUGACGAUGCAUCUCUUGGCCAGCACCUCCUCAAUCCAUCUGGACCCCAUCGUUGGCAUUUCCAACCCCAAGGCCUUUUAUUUCAGAUCAUUACACAAGCUCUAAAGCAUCCAACUGUGUGCACACAAAAACAAAUACCACACAUUGUAUUUCUGUCUGAUUUUUGGCAUAUUAAUCGAUGUUUGUUUACUGUUACAAGGUGAGAGUUCAUGUGGAAUAACUGAAGAGUAGAACCAUCACAUAAACAGAACCAUUAAUGCAUUGAGUGUGAAAAACAUGUUCCCCAGUAAAUAAUCAUUAGCACUGAUUUCCUAUGUAUACAUUGCCUACUGUAUGAAUAUUAUUAGCCACUACUGUGUUUCUUUUAGUUAUUUGAAAGGCUUGGUAUGUCAAAAUAAUUUGCAAUUUAAGUGCUUUGAUUCAGUGUUUAUCUGAGUGCAUUUGACCUUUGGGAGUACAUACUGAAGCUCAUACUGUAUGCUGCAAAGUUUUAAAAAACUGUUGAGAAAUGUUUGUCUGAAUCUCAUUUUUCAAACAUAAAAUAAACUAAAGACAAUAAAUGAAACAAAGUAAGAUUGAAGUGCAAAAAUUAUAAAAUUAUAAAACUCUAUUCCCACCAGAAAACUAUUAAAGAAUCUGUUUCAUAAUUGGUGCUUUAUUGCUUUUGAGGUAGCAAUUAAUCUCCCCUUUAUAAUAAAAGAAAUAGCAUGAAACAAUA